AUGCGGAACUUCUUUUUCCUUCUCUUCGCUCUCGCCUUCGUUUUCGGCGGCAGUAACGCGCGCUCGGCCACCGAACAUGCCCAGCUCAUGGUGUCGCAGUCGGAGCUGGACCAACCCACCCGGUGGAACGUCGCCGACAAACGCUUACUGCGGGCCAACGACGGCACGAAUGCUGCCGAGGAAGAACGAGGAAUGGCGGACAUUGCAACGAAGAUGAAGACGUGGACACAAAGCUUAAAAACUCAUGUCGGCAGCUCGAAGCCGUUUCAGAUAGCGGCUCAGAAAUGGAGAAACACGAAGGUGCAGCGAAUGAUCAAAAAGGGAAUUUCUGAUACGGCUUUGUUUGAAAACAAGGUCACUCCUGACGAAUUUUUCAAGGCGCUGAGGCUGAAACCAGGGUUGAAACAAUCGUCUGUUACAAACAACCCUGCUCUGAACAAGUACCGCGCCUACAAGAGCUUUUACGAGUCCAAGAUCAAGACUGCUGCUACGUAA